AUGGAACUACUGAAGGAGGAGCCAUACAACCCCAUUGCACAGGAUGUAUACGCGAAGGAGGGAAAACCGUUGCGAUUCUUUACAUAUGGAGACAUCCCGUUCAAUUACGGCUUCGCCCCUCGCACAUGGGAGGACCCAUCCACGGUGGACGCUGAGACAAGGUGCUGUGGUGAUGGUGAUCCCAUUGAUGUUGUACAGGUGUCAAAAUCGCCUGCUGCUAUCGGCACUAUUCAAGCUGUUCGCGUGCUGGGAGUGCUGGGCCUUAUUGACGAGGGUGAGACGGACUGGAAGGUCAUCACAGAGGUGCUUCAGCCUGAAGGAGACAUGUACGGAAGCCUUAAGAACGUCCCUUUGGAGUUGAAGAACACUAUCGUGGAGUGGUUCCGCGACUACAAGACUACUGAUGGGAAGAAGCGGAAUGAGUUGGCGUACAGGGGUGAGAUACGUGGUGUGGAAGAUGCAAUGUGUGUGAUUGAUGCCUGCUCGCACCAGUACGCUGGCCUUGUUGCUGGUACAGUGAGCAACCCAGGCUACUGGCUCUGCUAG